AUGCUCACAGCCUCCUUUUUCUAUCUGAUUCUGCUGCUCUGGGGGCUGGCAGCCCCCCGGCCUGCCCAACCAGAGAUGCUCUUCCACAGCCGGGACCACUCAGACCUGGAGCCGUCGCCCCUGCACCAGGCCAAGCCCAUUGCGGACCUCCCUGCCGCACAGCGGUUCUUGUCCAGGUACGGCUGGUCGGUGCCCUCAGCCUGGGCGCCCAGCCCCAAGCAGCUGCCGGAGGCCCCUGCGGGCACUGCCCUGGCUGAGGCUGUGCGCAGGUUCCAGCACGUGAAUGCACUGCCAGCCAGCGGGCAGCUGGAUGCGGCCACGCUGGCGGCCAUGAACAGGCCACGUUGUGGUGUCCCCGACACACGGCUGCCACCCCCUGCGGCUCCCACAUCACUUACACCCACACCGGCCCCCCUAGGCUCCUCAACCCCACAGGGCCUGCAGCCCCAAGCCCGAUCAAAGCGCUUCUUGCAAAUGCUGCUGCCCAGGCCAGGCAGGCAGCGGGAAGACUCCCCUGCCGGUGGGGCCGCCAGGAUCUUCUCCAAGAAGACGCUGAGCUGGAGGCUGGUGGGCGAGGCCUACAGCAGCCAGCUGUCCGUGGACGAGCAGAGGUCAGUUUUCAGACUGGCCUUCAGGAUGUGGAGUGAGGUGACACCCCUGGACUUCCGGGAAGACCUCACAAGCCCUGGGGCUGCAGUUGACAUCAAGCUGGGCUUUGGGCGAGGCCGGCACCUGGGCUGCCCACGGGUUUUCGAUGGCAGUGGCCAAGAGUUUGCGCAUGCCUGGCGCCUGGGUGACAUUCACUUUGACGACGACGAACACUUCACGCUGCCCACCAGUGACAGGGGCAUCAGCCUGCUCAAGGUGGCCGUCCAUGAAAUUGGCCAUGUCCUUGGCCUGCCUCACACCUACAGGACAGGCUCUGUGAUGCAGCCAAAUUACACCCCCCAAGAGCCUGCAUUUGAGUUGGACUGGUCGGACAGGAAAGCUAUUCAGAAGCUGUAUGGCUCGUGUCAGGGAUCGUUUGAUACUGUCUUCGACUGGAUUCACAAGGAGAGGACCCAGUACGGGGAGGUGCGCGUGAGAUUCAGCACGUACUUCUUCCGCAAGAGCUGGUACUGGCUGUACGAGAAUCGGAACAACAGGACACGCUACGGGGACCCUAGCCGCAUCCAGGCCGGCUGGCGCGGGAUCCCCACCCAGGGCAUCGAUGCCUUCGUCCACGUGUGGACGUGGAGGAGGGAUGAGCGCUACUUCUUUAAAGGACACCGGUACUGGAGAUAUGACAGCGACCAGGACCAGGCGCUCACGCAGGACCAGCAAGGGAAAAGCUACCCCAAGUUAAUUUCCCAAGGAUUUCCUGGCAUCCCGAGUCCACUGGAUGCCGCCUGUUUUGAUCGCCAGCAGCAGCAGAUUUACUUCUUCAAGGAGACCCUGGUGUUUGCGUUCGAUGUCAACAGAAACCGAGUUCGAAGCUCCUACCCGAUGAGGAUGACGGAGGCCUUCCCGGCAGUGGUGCCCCACAACCACCCCGUGCGGGCCAUCGACGCGGCCUACUACUCCUAUGCGCGGGGCUCCCUGUUCCUGUUCAAGGGCAAUGCCUACUGGAAAGUGGUGAAUGACAGGGACAAGCAAGACAACGCUCAGCUGCCUGCCAACGGCCUGCUGCCCAAACGGCCCAUUUCGGGGGCGUGGCCUGACAUCUGCGACGUCCACAGCUCCACACUGAACGUGUGA